CCUCAGGGAUUCAAAAACUCUCCCACCGUGUUCGAUGAGGCCCUCCAUGAAGACCUGGGUGAGUACCGAUGCAAACACCCUGAAAUAACUUUACUACAGUAUGUUGAUGACCUCCUGAUUGCAGCCGAGACCCAAGAAGCUUGCCUCCAAGGGACCAAGGGUCUCUUACAAGCUUUAGGAAAUCUAGGAUACCGGGCCUCAGCAAAGAAAGCUCAAAUCUGUAAACCAGAAGGAACAUAUCUGGGGUACCUGCUAAAAGGAGGGCGGCGCUGGUUAACAGAUGCCCGGAAGCAAACUGUUCUGCAGAUCCCCAGGCCACAGUCCACCCGACAAGUAAGGGAAUUCCUGGGGUCAGCAGGAUUUUGUAGACUAUGGAUACCUGGGUUCGCGGAGCUGGCUAAACCCUUAUAUCAGGCAACCCGGGGACAGCAGCCAUUUAAUUGGACAGAAGAAGCCGAGACGGCUUUCCAACAGAUCAAAACCGCCUUAUUCUCUGCACCUGCACUGGGACUACCUGACGUCACUAAGCCCUUCCACUUAUAUGUGGACGAGAGCAAGGGUGUCGCCAAGGCGGUGCUAACUCAGAACUUAGGCCCCUGGCGGAGGCCAGUUGCCUACCUGUCAAAGAAAUUAGACCCAGUGGCUACCGGGUGGCCCCCUUGUCUCCGAAUGAUUGCAGCCACGGCCCUGAUGGUACAAGAUGCUGACAAACUUGUCCUGGGUCAAGAAUUACGGGUCGGUACCCCACAUGCCAUCGAGGGUGUACUCAAACAGCCACCUAAUCAGUGGAUAAGUAACGCCCGGCUCACCCACUACCAAGGACUACUACUAAACCCUCUCAGGAUAACUUUCCUGUCCCCAACCACCUUAAACCCAGCCUCGCUGCUGCCUAACCCGGACCUGGAUGCCCCGCUCCAUGAUUGCACUGAGAUACUAGCUCAGGUGCACGGAGUUCGAGAAGACCUGCAGGACCGCCCACUUCCUGAUGCAGACCUCGUCUGGUUCACUGAUGGAAGCAGCUUCAUUCACCAAGGCCAGAGGUACGCUGGAGCAGCAGUGACUUCAGAGACUGAGGUAAUCUGGGCGGAACCCUUGCCCCCGGGGACAUCGGCCCAAAAGGCCGAACUGAUAGCGCUCACCCAAGCCCUUACCCUAGGGGCAGGGAAGAAACUGACAGUAUAUACAGACAGCCGAUACGCUUUUGCUACGGCGCACAUACAUGGGGCCAUUUAUAGGGAGCGAGGGUUACUAACGGCUGAAGGAAAAGAGGUAAAAAAUAAGCAAGAGAUCCUAGCCCUGUUAACAGCCCUAUGGGAACCAGAAAAGUUGGCUAUUGUACAUUGCCCAGGGCAUCAGAAACCAACCACUCCAAUUGCUCAAGGCAACUUUCUGGCAGACCAAACUGCAAGGAGUGUGGCAAAGGCUUCCAGUCAACUCCUUGCACUCCAGCUCCCUGAUCCGGGCCCCCGGGACCUGCCAUAUCUCCCUGAUUAUCCAGAACAGGAUCUCCAGUGGAUUGACAAACUUCCCCUGAAACAGAUCCAGAAUGGGUGGUAGACUGAUACUAAUGACCAAACCAUCCUACCAGAAAAAUUAGGAUAACAAGUGUUAGAACACAUCCACCGAACCACCCACCUGGGGCACGUGCCCGGCGGAUGAUAGACCUGAUCAGACGCUCCAAGCUCAAAAUCAGACAUAUAGCCGAGACGGCCAGCAGCAUCGUGACCAAUUGCAAAGUCUGCCAGCUUAACAACGCCUACCCUCAAACCCAGGCUGCAACGGGAACAAGGCUCAGGGGAACCAGGCCCGGUAUCUACUGGGAGGUAGAUUUUACUGAGAUAAAGCCAGGGAAGUAUGGGUAUCGGUACUUACUUGUCUUUGUAGAUACUUUUUCAGGGUGGAUUGAAGCAUUCCCAACCAAGAGGGAGACUGCUCAGGUUGUAGCAAAGAAAAUUCUGGAAGAUAUCUUUCCCAGCCUUGCAGAAAAUUCAUCAGGAAGUCUGGCCCAAGCUGAAGGAACUAUAUGAGACUGGUCCCCCACCGACACCCCAUCCGUACCAGCCGGGAGACUGGGUCCUGGUUAAGCGACACCGACAAGAGA